GCAUUCCCACACAGACACAGUCACACGGACAUACAUUCCUCUGCUCAGGCUCUGUAGUGUGAAAAAAGUGAGCUUUCCCAUUUAGAUUCUCUCUCUCACCGUCUCUCUACUCAAACAGACCCUCACACCAUCUUCUGUUAGUGAGGUUAUAAAAGAUGGCUGAUGCUGAGGACAUUCAACCCCUUGUUUGCGAUAAUGGAACUGGAAUGGUUAAGGCUGGAUUUGCUGGUGAUGAUGCUCCAAGGGCUGUGUUCCCCAGUAUUGUUGGCCGACCUCGACAUACUGGUGUAAUGGUUGGGAUGGGGCAAAAGGAUGCUUAUGUUGGUGAUGAAGCACAGUCAAAAAGAGGUAUUCUCACAUUGAAAUACCCAAUUGAACACGGCAUUGUCAGCAAUUGGGAUGAUAUGGAGAAGAUCUGGCAUCACACUUUCUACAACGAGCUCCGUGUUGCCCCGGAAGAGCACCCUGUACUACUAACAGAAGCACCGCUGAACCCCAAGGCCAAUAGGGAGAAGAUGACCCAGAUAAUGUUUGAGACGUUCAAUGUCCCUGCCAUGUAUGUUGCCAUCCAGGCUGUUCUGUCUCUUUAUGCCAGUGGUCGUACAACAGGUAUUGUCUUGGAUUCUGGUGACGGUGUCAGCCACACAGUGCCAAUCUAUGAAGGUUAUGCCCUUCCCCAUGCCAUCCUUCGGUUGGACCUUGCAGGUCGUGAUCUAACAGAUGCCUUGAUGAAGAUCCUCACUGAGAGAGGGUACUCCUUCACUACAACUGCAGAGCGGGAAAUUGUUCGUGACAUGAAGGAGAAACUUGCUUAUAUUGCCCUGGAUUAUGAACAAGAGUUGGAGACUGCCAAGAGCAGCUCUUCUGUAGAGAAAAGCUAUGAGUUGCCAGAUGGGCAGGUGAUCACUAUUGGAGCAGAGAGGUUCCGCUGCCCAGAAGUCCUAUUCCAGCCAUCACUCAUUGGAAUGGAAGCUGCUGGAAUUCAUGAAACCACCUACAACUCCAUCAUGAAGUGCGAUGUUGAUAUUAGGAAAGAUCUUUAUGGCAACAUUGUGCUCAGUGGUGGCUCAACCAUGUUCCCUGGAAUCGCUGAUCGUAUGAGCAAGGAAAUCACUGCCCUUGCUCCUAGCAGCAUGAAGAUCAAGGUGGUGGCACCUCCUGAAAGGAAGUACAGUGUCUGGAUUGGAGGAUCCAUUUUAGCUUCUCUCAGCACCUUCCAGCAGAUGUGGAUAUCCAAGGGUGAAUAUGAUGAAUCUGGUCCAGCUAUUGUCCAUCGGAAAUGCUUCUGAGUUGGGUGGUGUUAUGUCCUUGUCGUCUUCUUUGCGAGGUCCUGAGUCAUGCGAGAUUGGUUGCAUUUGAAGCUUGGGGUAUUGCUAGAUAGAGGAUACUGCUAUAAUUGAAUGCUUGAGGUUAUAAGUUUGAACCAUGAUGUGCUUUCUUUUAGAUUUUUGGAGCCAAGCCAUCAUUGGUGUUGGAUGGCUGGCGAUGAAUUUUAGGUGGUAGUUUUGUUUGCUUGUCAGUCAUUUGCCUAUGAUUCGGCUUGUGACUAUUUUAGGUCAUUUGUGUUACGAGGGAAGGUUUAGUUUUAUUCUCAUUGUCCUUCAUUUUUCUCCUUGAUUUGUGUUUUUUUCUUGGUUCUUAUUUUAUUGUACGAGAAUUGAAUUUCAAUGUAAAAUUGCAGCGAACUAUAUAAGGAUGAUUCACAUUUGUUUUGUCGUCUUCUUAUUUAAACCUCGUCGCAUGUUCUUUCUGGCUGGCUUGGCUUGGCUUGGAAAUUCAGCUUAUGAU